CGUGUCACCUGCACAACAAUGAGAAGGUCCGCAUCAGAGAUGCAGAGGUGAGGGAAGGAGGAGGCGCAAGCAGGGCGACAGGCAGUGCAUCUGUGUUAAUGUGAAUGCACCUCACACACACGUCCCCAGUCGACAACGACCAGCCGGCGUCAUCCAGUGCGUCGGCUGCCGCUGCUGCUGCUUCGGCCGGAGGAGGAGGUGGCGGUGGCAAUGGCGUGGUGUCUGAUGCGUGUCUGUGCCAGUGGAUGGUGGACAGAAUGGCAGAUGUGGGUGAGCAAGGAGGAGCCACCCUUCCCUGCACACUGUGCCAGCAGAUAUACGUACGCACGGGAGAAGGAAAAGGAAACAAAACGAGACGCUUGAUGUGUGUAGCUCUGUGUGUGUGUGUGUGUGUGUGUGCAGCACGAGGGGUGCGUGCAGUACUACGGCGAGAGGCGCCUGUUCGUCUGCCACAUGUGCCGCUUCCGACAGAUGGACCCUGGCAGACAAUUAGUACACACAUUCGCCACACACAGCACACUGCAGCACAGGACACGAGUGUCGUCGUGGGCAUGGACGGAUGGAUGGAUGGAUGGAUGGCAGGUUGGGCGUCCCAUGUGGUUAUGUGCGCUGGGUGGCGGCAAAGACAGACGGGACCACCUCAUCGACAUGGAGAGACUUCUUGACGGGCGCCUGUGGUGGUCAGCCAUGCACGCAACACAGACAUCCGCGCGCACACACACAUGCCACGUCAUGUUCGCUAUGCUCAGGGAGCGGCAGGCGAUUGUCGUGCGGUGUCUGUCGGCCCACGACUCCUCCCCCAGACAAACGUGGCCUGAGGAACUGGAUGUGACCGUCAACAGCGAGGUGGGCACAUACACACACACACACACAUACACACGCAACACAGCAGCCACCCGUGUGUGUGUAUGUUGGGUGCAGCUGGCGAUCCGAUUCAAGAGGCAGCAGGCCGAGCGAGAAGAGCCCAGAGAUGUACUCGGCCGCACACACACACACACACAGUCCAUCUGAUCCAUGUGUGUGUGUGUGUGUGUGUGCAGGUGACAAGAUACUUCCUCACACACACCGUCAGCAACGUCACCGUCGAGUACCGCAACCCGCCCUCAGACGUACCCACACACCACACCACACCACACCACACCACACCGAUGUAUCAGUGGCUGGAUGGAUGGAUGGAUGUCAUAUGUGUUGUGGUGUGUUGUGGUGUGGUGUGGUGUGUUGUGGUGUGUGUGCAGAUUCGUAUCCUGGGGUUCUUCGUGACCUCUCACGACCCCUGGGCCGACACGAAUGUGCGCCGUCCGCCGACAAACUCACAGACACGACAGACAGACAGACAGGCAGACAGACAGACGACCAAACCAACCUGCCUGCGUCACUCUCUCUCCCCUUCUGUGUUUGCUGUGCUAUGUGUGUUUGAUGCACCGGUGCUGCGUCCAUCCAUCCAUCCCUGCAGAGUCCCACAUCGCAGCGGCAGAGUCUCAGGGACUUCUACGACAACGGGCCAGCGCCAGCACAACCGCCAGCGCCACCAGCAGCAGCAGCGGCAGCAGCAGCAGCGCCGUCCUCGAAAGUCUUGACGGGGCGCAAGGCGACGGGGGGCAAGGCGUGAGCAAAGCACUCACUCCACACACACACACACACACACACAGAGACACCCAUGUGAAGCGUCACUGGGUGUCGUUGUGCUGCAUGCAGGCCGAGGAAACAGGUAGCGACGCUGCGCAGUGCCCCAGCAGCUGCCGCCAGUGCCGCAGCAGGGGCAUCACCACCACCAGCAGCAGCAGCAGCAGCGCCGUCCUCGAAAGCCUGGACAGGGCGGCUCAUGUGAGCAAAGCACUCACUCCAUACAGACGCACACGCACACGCACACGCACACGCACACGCACACACAGACACAGACACAGACACAGACACACAGACACCCAUGUGAAGCGGCACGUGUCUGAGGUGUCUUUGUGCUGCAUGCAGGCCGAGGGGUCAGCUGGCGACGCUGCCCAGUGGGUGGUGUGGCAGGAUGCAGAACCUCGGUGGGCCGUUUCCUAGCGGGGUGGCGUUUCUUAGCGGGGUGCCGUCUCGGCCCCAACCAGCACGCGACACCGAGGAGGAAAGGUGGGCGGCUGGGUGGAGGCGGGAGACAGACGCUGCCAGAUACGAGUAUUCGCCCCUCACUCUCACUCUCACUGUCUGUCUUUCCGUCCCCUUAAUGGCUGCAGCGGUGGGCCAUCGCGCGGUCGUUCGAGCAGCGUCCCCCGGUGGGUGUCGGCAGCACCCACCAGCCCCUCGGCCGCCCCCAACAGGUCAGCGUCGGCUCCACCAUCCCCAGCCAACAGAGAAACGUCUGCCGCCAGUGCCCCAGCAGCUGCCGCCAGUGCCGCAGCAGGAGCACCACCACCACCAGCAGCGGCAGCAGCAGCAGCAGCAGGUGGUGGUGGUGGUCCCAUCAGGUGGCAUUCAAGGACAUGGCGGAUGGACCUAUCGGACGUCGCUGAUGGGAUGGAUAUGGAUGACGACCGUAACGGCCGGGACGAUGACGACUCCGACUCCGACGAGGACAUGCGGCCGAUGAAGGAAAGGCUGGCCGGCCGGUUGCCGAAGGAUGGCCUGGGGUUUUUCAGGUCCAGACGGGCCCCAAACAUACCCGCAGAGUGAGCGGGGAAGUCGGCAAGCACAGACAGGACAGACAGUGAUGAAGAUGACCCCCCCCACCCCACACAGACACACGUGGUGGCUGGACGUGUGUCUGUGUGUGCCAGGCCUGAGAGCCCAGGGGAUCCGACCAAGUGCUGCUUGUGUAAGGUUGGCGAGCCGGCGGUGUGUCUGCAGCCGUGCGGCCACCUGCUGUGCGGAAGGUGCUUCGCCAGCAGGCCACUCGAGACUCUCGGCGGUCUCGAGAGGGCAGAGGAAGCCUUUGAGGCAGACCUGGUGCGUGCGGCAAACACCACCGACAAACACACAUACUGCGUGAAUGUGUGUGUCGAUAUGGGAUGACUCCUCUCUCUCAUUGUGUGUGUGUGUGUGUAUUGGGGCGGUGGUCAGGACAAUGUGUUGGACAGCAGGGACAACGAGCUCAUCAGAUCCUCAUCAUGCAGCCACGUCCACCGAUGUCCCCGAUGCAACUGGUAGAUCCACCCAGCUCUCACCCACCACCCACACUCCAUCCAUCCAUCCAUUCAUCCACUCACGCACCUUUCUUCUCUCUUUAGGUCGGUGAACUGUAUCACGGAAGCGGACGGCAGCACGCCCGUGGACGGGUGGAGGUUCCUGGGGAAGAGCCUCAAGGACGUCCUCAGGCAGCGAGAGGCCAUGGGCGACUCAUUGCGGAUGGACCUCGAGGCUCUGCUCACCCGAGGCGACCUCAACGAUGAGGGGGUGCGGGAGCAGAUCAAGGCCAUGAUUUACCCCCGCCCUGCCGUCGCCAAGAUGAUCAUGUCCAGGGGCAUCGUCAAGGAAAACGAUAUGAGACAAGUAAGCAAGUCGGGCGUGGGUGAGGGAGGGAGGAUAGACGGUCGUGAGGAUGACUGGCUGGCUGGAUGCAUGUGUCUGUGUCUGUGUGUUCGCGCUGUCUCUCUCUUUGUCUAAUGUGUGUAGUUCUUCCCCGACCGGAUGGCGUCUGUCAUUCGCUUCCUCCUCUUCAAAGGUACCAACACGACCAGAACCACCCGACAGACCAGGCCCCCAUCGCCAAUUUGUACCUGACCCCUUCCCCCCCGCCACCUCCCGCUGUCAGGCGAUUGGUCCCUGGUCAACCAGCUGGUGCUGCACGGCCUCAUUCCCCAACCUGAGCUCAUCACCGUCCUCAGAGACGCAUGCCAGCUCAUUCUCAAGGUCACGAUGGCCGGUCGCGCCGAGUACCUGGCGCUCGUCGACACGCUCAUCCCUCUGGCGAACAUCAACCUCACCGAUGACGAUAGCUCCCCGCUGUCCAUUCUCGCCAACAGAGAGGGCCCCUGCACACAGGCUGAGAGGGCCCUGAUUGCCGAGUGCGUCCAGAAGCUGAUUGACGGUGGUGCGCGUGUGGGGCGGUUCUCGCUUCGCCAGACGUUGCCGAUGCCGCUGGUGCGGCAGCUCAUCAAAGUCCCCAAUUCUGACCUCACAGGUAGAUUGAUCAGGUCCACAGGCAGACCAGCACAUCCACCGAUGUAUGUGGUCUGGUUGUGUGUGUGCAUGUGUUCAGACAUCCACCCCAACGGCGACACAAUCCUCCACACGGUCAUCAACAGGAUGUCACUCCAGGACUUCACGCGGCCCGUCGUCAAGCCCGACGGGUCCUACAACCCCGCCGUCGACGCCAUCCUGACCAUCCUCCGCAUCCGCCGCCAGCCCGACGGCUCACUGCUGCUGCUCAAGGAGGGCAGACACUACCCCGACGCGCCGAGGGUGCCGGACAGAGUGGCGAGCAUGGCCAACCUCGAGGGCCAUCUGCCGCUGCAUCGACUCAUCAAGAAAGCCAGGGUCAGUCUGACAGUGUCUCUCACUCACUGCCUCUCUCUGUGGGCACUUGACACACUGCGGCCUCAACACAAGGGCAGGCGGGCAGGCAGGCAGGCAGGCAGAGGAGAGAAGUGGGGCGACAGCCGUGCGGCACUGCCUGCUUGCCUGUCUGUCUGUCUGUCUGUUUGUAUGUUUGUAUGUGUGUGUGUUAGGAGUGUGGCGGGUCGACCACGUGCAGUGCGGCCUUCGACCUGGUGCUCGAGGCGCUAUUCAAACGAGGAGGCGCCCCAUGGGUAAUUAUUAUUGACGACAUCGACAACAUCAACUCGCACACACAAACACACCACACCCAUGUGUCUGUGUGCAUCUGUGUCUGUGUGAAGGGCUUCACCCGCAACCGCGCUGACCCCGCCAAUGUUCAUUUUGUGGACCCGCCCGUCUUCAUCCAUUGGAACGAGAUCGUCCUGGGCGACGGCGACUGGAUGCACAGGUGGUUCCACGACAAGCCGCUCCUGCGCAAGCUCUUCGCCAACGGGAUGGACACCAACAUCCGCGACACCAAGGGCAACACGCUGCUGCAUCGAAGGUGGGGCGGGGCGGGGCGAGGCGAAGGGGGGGUGGGGGGAGAAGAGCAACACGGGCACUGACGAGAGAACCUGCACCCGUGCCCACUCUGUAUGUGUGUCCCCGUGUGUGUGCGUGUGUGUGUGCAGCAUCCGCCAGGGAUCAGGUAGGUCACCCGUCAAACACGUGCAGAGAUGCCAUGACGACGCAUUGCAUUUCCCCCCGUUCUUUUGUCUUGCCUUUCCUUGCGUUGUGUGCAGCGGGUCGUGAGGACGUCGUGGGCUUCCUUCUCUCGCAGGGCGUCGACCCCUCCGCCCGCAACCACGCCGGCGAGACCGCCCUCGGCAUGCUCUACAAUCUCAUCGCCACUCGCCCACUCGCAUUCGAGCCGGCGCACCUGCUGAGUGUGCUCGUGUCCCACGGGGCCGACACCCACGACAUCCGCCGCCACGAUGGCCGCCCGCAGAGCCUCUUGAGCCUCUACAGGCCGCAGGGCAUCCCGACCGCGGUGCGCCGUGGUGGGCCCGGCAGCACACCCCCACCGACCAUCAGCGUGUCAGCGGAGCAGUAUAGGGCUGUGAGCGAUGCGGUGGCGUCUGGGGAUCGAAAUCAGUGGGUGCACCAGACGGCAUAAUGGCAUGUGUUGAUCGACUGGAAUGUGGUGCACGGUGUCGCAUUUUGUUUGUAUGUAUGUAUGCCAGGUUGGUGGGGGUGCUGGUCAACAUGUGUUUGAUGAAGACCUUCUGGCCCGUCAACUCGCACAUCCCACGGGUAAGUGAAGUUGGUGGGGCAGGGAGGGAGGGAGGGAGGGAGAUGCGCACGCACCCCGAUACACACGACCAUGGGUGUGUAUGUGUGUGUGUGAUGUGUCAGACCCCGUUGUGGCGUGAGGCAUUGUUUGGUUCCCCCGGCCGUCUGAUGAGUUACAUGCGCAUGGGGGCCCUCAUCGACCCCAUCCCGCCCGACCUUCGAUCCAGACCAGCUACCGCCACCGUCAUCCGAAGUACGCAACCCACCCGCACAUAACCGUGUGAACAACUAUGGUCGCCUUUGCUUGUGGGUGGCGUCUGUCUGUCUGUGUGUGUGUGUGCAGCGUACCACUCGUAUCUGCAGGGGAGCAAGAAGCGAGUCCGUUAUGCGCUGGAGGGGUGGACGGCCGCCAUGUCCGAACUCACCAAUGACGUCCCGCGCGACUCGCCACUAGGCCACUUCCUCACCGAGCGGCUACCGGAGAGCCUCAUGGCACAAGUCAGUACACAGCGACAGCCGACAAGACAAGACACACACACAGACAUACUGACUAUCUACGUAUACCGACAGCACCUGCACGUCUGUCUGUCUGGUUGUGGUGCGGUCCGCCGUGUUGGUUCAGUUUUAUUCGUAUAUGCUGCCGCCGACGUUUGCAGCGCUGCCCUCCCAUCUGUUCCCCGGCAACACGCCCUUCCACAAUGCCUGUCGGGGCAUCCUGACGUCGCAUAUGCACACCAUGGCCACUGAGUGCGCCAAGGGACCCGGCGGCCUCGGUGAACCAGGAAUCGGUGAGAUCAAUGACUGCAUUACGUAUGCGCUGCGCCAUCUGUGCGGAGUGGAUGGACUUUGCCUGUGUGUGUCUGUGUGUGCAGAGCUGCUCAUCAUGGCCUGUGUCAUCCUCCUCGAGCCUGAAAUACUCAAGGAGGGCCUCAGGGUAGGGUACGGUGCCAGAGUGGCCCCAUGGAACUCCUCUGUCUGUCUGUCUGUCUGAGCUCAGGUUGGCAUCUACGAGAUGAUUCCCCCGGCCACACCAGACCCACAGCAGCAGCAGCAGCAACAGCCAUCAUCAUCAUCGUCAUCAUCAUCGUCGAGCGGCGCUGCUCCUCUCCAGAGUGAUGCAUUCAUGGCCCUCAGCGAUGCCAACGCAGCGCUGUCGACACUCGAGGCAAGUGUGGAGGCCAUCAUGACGGCCCUACGCCAGGCCAAAGAGCAGGCUGCUGUCGACGGGGCGGCCAAUGGGGGCGGCGGCGGGGGCGGGGGAGAGGCCGCAUCAUCCCUCAACGCCGGACCACCUCAGCAGAGCAACAACAACGCGGCGACGGCAGCAGCCGCAGCCUCGGAGCCCGUAAGGCAUACAGACACUUACAUAGCAAGAAGGUGUGACCGGCCCUGGAUGAGUGUUUGCUUCUUCCGUGGUUCCAUUAUGCAGGCGUCGUCCGCUGGUGUGGGUGUCCGGAGCGGCAGCGCUGGUGGUGUGGAUGAGUCGGCAAGGCCCGCCCGCAGACAGAGGCUGUGACUCACUCGCACAUCGGCAGUCAGUCAGUCUGUCGGCCACAGCAGCAGCAUAGCAGAAGACAGGCCAGCAGAAAUCAAUUAAUUGAUUGAUGCAGGUCAAUUGAUUGAUGCAGUGGGGAGGGCGGGAGGCAAGGAGGGAGUAAUUUUGCCCCUAGGUGGGUUUUGACCUGGUCGGUCAGCGUGUCUGUGUGUGGCUUGCGAACCAAUUGAACCGAUUGUCUGGGCUGAUCAACACAACUGC